CUACUCCCAGUUGCAUUUUCAGAGAAAGGAAACUGAAACUGAUGUUGGAAGUAGUCAGAGAGAAUUCAAAACAAAUCCAAAGGAGUUACCGAAAAGCAGACCCAACGCUUUCUGCUGGAGGAAGUGUUUGCAACAGGCUUCCUCGCCCCUGCCUCGGGGUGGUGUGUGGCUGAGGCAGCCUGAGCCAUGAAGAACUUCAGCAUUGCCGUCCUUUCCUGGGCUGUGGCAGCCUGGAUGGCAGCGGCCACAAUUCCUGGGGAGACAGACAGAACUGGAUUUCAGAAAUGCAAGGAAGCCCUGAAGCUCCCUGUGCUAGAAGUCCUGCCUGGAGGAGGCUGGGAUAACCUGCAGAAUGUGGACAUGGGAAGGGUGAUGAAUUUGACCUAUGCCAACUGCAGGACCACAGAGGAUGGGCAGUACAUCAUUCCAGAUGAAAUCUUCACCAUUGCUCAAAAACAGAGCAACUUGGAGCUGAACUCAGAAAUCUUGGAAUCCUGGAAAAAUUACCACAGCAGUAAUUCCUACUCCAUCAAUGCGGAGCUCUCUCUUUUUUCCAAAAUCAAUGGCAAAUUCUCCGCUGAGUUCCAGAGGAUGAAGACGCUCCAGGUGAAGGAUCAAGCUAUAACCACCCGAGUUCAGGUCAGAAACCUGGUGUACACAGCCAAAAUCAACCCAGACUCAGGACUGAGCAGGGCCUUCAGGAAGGAACUCACAGACAUCGCUGACCGCCUGGAGAACAAUCAGACGAGGAUGGCCACCUACCUGGCAGAACUCUUGGUCCUUAACUAUGGCACCCACGUUAUCACCAGUGUGGAUGCCGGAGCUGCACUCAUCCAGGAGGACCACAUAAUGUCCUCCUUCUUUGAGGACAGUCGGAACAACCGGGCCUCCCUGACCGCAUCUGCUGGAGCUGCUUUCCUCAACACCGUGAACUUCAAAUUUGAAGAGAACUACACUUCCCAGAGUGGCUUCACCAAGAGCUACCUCUCCAACAGAACCAACUCGAGGGUGCAGAGCCUGGGAGGGAUUCCUUUCUACCCCGGGAUCACCCUCCAGACCUGGCAACAAAACAUCCACAACCACCUGGUGGCUGUGGACCGUGCUGGCCUGCCCCUGCACUUCUUCAUUAGCCCUGACAUGCUGCCUGACUUGCCAGCCCCCCUGGUGAAGAAGUUGUCUAAGGUAGUGGAGAUGGCUGUGAGACGCUACUACACAUUCAACACCUACCCAGGCUGCACAGAUGUUAAUUCGCCCAACUUCAAUUUCCAAGCCAACAUGGAUGACGGCUCCUGUGAUGGGAAAAUGACCAACUUCUCCUUUGGUGGGGUUUAUCAGGAAUGCACACAGCUCUCAGGGAGUGACGCUCAUGUCCUCUGCCAAAACCUGGAGCAGAAGAAUCCACUUACUGGUAACUUCUCUUGUCCCUCUGGCUACUCGCCAGUCCGCCUUCUAACCCAGAUCCAAGAGGAGGGUUACAACCACUUGGAGUGUCGGCGCAAGUGCAAGGUACUCAUCUUUUGUAAGACGGUGUGUGAAGAUGUUUUCCGGGUGGCCAGGGCUGAAUUCCGGGCUUUUUGGUGUGUGUCCAAUGGCCAAGUACCUGAAAACUCGGGGCUGCUUUUUGGGGGCCUCUUCAGCAGUAAGAGCAUCAACCCCAUGACCAAUGCGCAGUCGUGCCCAGCAAGCUAUUACCAACUGAAGCUCUUUGGAAGUCUCAAAGUGUGUGUUUCUCAGGACUAUGAAUUGGGAUACAGGUUUCUCGUCCCCUUUGGAGGGUUCUUCAGUUGCGAAGCGGGAAACCCCUUAGCGGAUCCUGCAACCUCCAGAGAUGUAGACACGCCUUCCCUGAAAAAGUGUCCUGGGGGCUUCAGCCAACACCUGGCCCUCAUCAGCGAUGAGUGUCAAGUGUCCUACUGUGUCAAAGCUGGGAUCUUCACCGGAGGGCCCCUGCCACCUGCCAGGCUCCCGCCUUACACGCGGCCACCUGUCAUGAGUCAGGCUGCCACCAACACCGUCAUAGUGACCAAUACUGAGAAUGUCAGAUCCUGGAUUAAAGACUCUCAGACCCAGCAGUGGCGGCUAGGAGAGCCUUUGGAACUGCGCAGGGCCAGGAAGGACAUCCAUGGGGAAGGUGACGGUCUGUCAGGAUGGGCAGCGGCUGGGGUCACACUUGCGGUCACCAGCUUCUUGGCAACUGUCAUCGCCCUGGCCAUCUAUGGCACCCGGAAGUACAAGAAGAAGGAAUACCAGACAAUCGAUGAUGAGAGGCAGAGCCUAGUGCCAGACAUCACCCCAGGCGGAAACACCCCUGCUAUGGAACAGGAACACAACUCAGUUUAAAUUUCUUCGUGCCAAGUGGUUUACUUUCUCUGUAACCACAGCUUCAAAUCUGUCUUUCCUUACUUCUCUCUCUACUUCUGCCCUGCUAAGUCCUGAAGAGGCAAGUGCAACCAAAAGCAGGUACGGUUUUGUAACCUCUUGUUUAGAUCUCUGUGCCAGGAAAUAAAUGGAGCCAUGCAGACAAGGUGGUGGGUGGGGACAGGGAGCUGUAGUGGCUUUUAAAGAAGAAUCCACCCUGAGGACUCAUCCAUAAAGGGGAUACUCCUUUCCAGGUAUGUGUAUCCCCAGUGGUUUUCAUCUAGCUACAUGUAUGUAAAAAGAAAAGAGGGGGAAUGCUGACAUUUGGGUAUGGAAAUUGUGGUUUUAAUCUGUGGUCUGCCUGGUUUGCAAUUUUGUGAGCUACAGGAAUUUCUGCUUUUAAACACGCACUCCUUUUAUGUUGCUUUCUCUCAAUUGCUCCAAUAGGAAGACUUGUUUAGGCCAGAUAACCCCUCGCUUCUUAUUGUCAGAUCCUCAGAAAAUAUUUUAACACAUAGAGUUCCAUUACAGUCAAAGGGGAUAGAUGAGUAGAAGACGGGAGGUCAGCAAAGAUAAAACCCAGGAGAGAGUCUUUGGUGCUGAGGGGACGCUAGGACUUGUGCUCACAACCGGCUAAUGGAGCUUUCUCUUGGCUCAUCAUAAAGGGACACUAAGAGGGAUGCAGACUUGGAAAGAUCAAGAAUCACAGUGUUAUAUUCUUUCCUCUUCUACACAUGCCCCCUGCUGCUUCAUUUCCCCUCAAAUGCAUGCGUACACACACACACACACACACACACACACACGCGCGCGCACAAGAAAUCAAUCAUUGUUACUGUUACAUCCACCCUGAAAAUUAAAGCCAAGCAGAAAGCAGCAGUAAGACACCCUACCUUUUCUUUCCCCCCAGCAGAAAGGGGGUUGACAUGAUCAGCCUAUAUGUUUAAGUAAACCAAAAGAGGCAUCCAGCGCCACUCACUUGUUUCAAGCUGAGUUCCCUGGGGCAUCCACAGGAUGCCAAGAGUGUCAUCUGGAAACAUUUGGGUUUUUGCUCAGUUCCAACGCCUGGUUCACCUAAAUGUUAAGUAUUUCAACACCAUCAAUGUUUCUCCACAACAGUUUAAAAAUUGUAUAUUUUUACUUCCCCAAUCAAACAUGAUUAGUGAAUUAUAUUGUCUCUGAAGGAUAGUUUGUUCUUUCUGUGUUAAUACUUGCAAGUAAGAUCCACGGCUGACCCCUUAAUUUCCAAGUCAGAUAUAGAGAAUUUGAGCCUGACUUCCUGGCCGGCCCGGCCAAAGUCAUGGGUUUCAACAACUUGAACAUUUAACUCUGGCUUGCAAGCACUGACACGUUCGAAACCUCUGGGUGUUCUGUGGUCUUUGGGGUUGUUGCCUAUGUUGCAAGCAAGCUAACCACUUUUUGGCAAAUACUGAUUUUCCAGUAACUUCUUUGAAGAAUACUGAAUAUAACCAAUGAUUCCCAGACCUUUAAUGUACUAACUGCUCACCAAAAAAGACUGUUUUUCACAUGCUAACAUUUCUACGAACCAAACAACAUAGCAGUAUGAAUUAAGAUAGAGACAAGGGAGCACUCCGAAUGUUCAUCCUUUUGAAAGCAACAUUUGCCAUAUCAUUCUGCAAGGCUGGAACUUGAUGGGAGAGCUCAGGGCCUCUGAGUUCUGAGUCCUGGUGGUCUCGGGCUGGGAAUUAUGGAAGGAUUCAUCCUGGCUUCUAAAGAAUCCACACCCAGUGGGUUAUGAGAAAUGGAGAGAAAGUCAGGUGCUGCAGGUAGCUUUAUGUGUG